AUGUUCCUCGUGUACGUUAUCCCCCUCCCCUCUCCUCUCCGCGCCCUCCAAACCACCCUGACUAAUCCCCCUCCCUCCCCACUCUCCAACUUGAACAGAGUCCAACGCUGCUUCCACUCAACCCUCUCAACCCGCACAAUCCUCAAACUCCGCCAAAUGGCACGGCGAGACCUCGAACUAUCAACUUUUAUGCGCCAAUUCGAACUCUGCUGCGACGAAGAACAACAAGUCUGUCUGUCAGGAUUGGUGGGAUCGUCGGAUUCAGAGGUUGUUCAACCUGUCAGAGGGGAAAGAGGAGGAGGGGGAGAGGGAGAGGGACCGUCAAGCAGAGCACCACUGGCGCUUGGGUCUAGUACGACUGCUCUGGUGGCAGUUUCAGAAUUCGGCCCAGCUCCAAGUCUAGAUAUCGAUUCUGAGCCUCCUACGACAAACGCACCAAGACUGCCACUAGCAGUCGCAUGGGCCAAUGACCACACUGUCACCACCCACUGCACACCCACCUCACGCCCCGGUUCAAGCGGGCCCAGCGGACCCCAAUUCACCAAAGAACAGCACGACUUUAUCGCAGAUGGCCCAGACGUCCGCAGUAUCGCCAGCAGAACGCGGACGAUCGACAUCGGAGACGGCGGAGGAGAGUACAAGUACAAGUACGAGUAG